CAUACAUGAGAGAAGCUGUAAAUUAACAGCUACAGUACAGUUCCCUAUUGGACGUCGUGCCGGGUCCUGCUAGCCUUGAUGGGUUUUAUGUGCACGAUCAACGUCUAUGCCCUCCGUACAAACCUCAGUUUUGCCAUAGUUUGCAUGGUGAAGGAGAAUAUAUCUGAAGAAUACGGGCCGACUCUGAAUGGGACCAACACGUCGGUACGGGGCGCUAGGUAUGAUGAAAAUAAUACUCUCGAUGCUUCCAUCAGAUCAAGAUGUGUAUCGGUGGAUGUUGGAGAUUCAAGACGGUCGUACGAGGGUGAAUUUGACUGGGAUAAAAGUCUACGAGGCACCAUUUUGAGCUCGUUCUUCUAUGGAUACAUCUGUACUCAGAUCCUCGGCGGCUGGUUGGCGGGGAGAUAUGGCGGGAAACACGUGCUGGGCACCGCCAUGGUGAUUGUGUUAGCGAUGACGGUUGUGACGCCGAUUGCGGCCAGAUCACACCCGUACCUCGUGAUUGCUGUGCGGGUCCUGAUGGGACUGGCAGAUGGGGUGGUGUUUCCUUCAAUGCAUACACUAUGGGGCCAAUGGGCGCCGCCAUUGGAGCGGAGUAAACUGAUGACAUUCUGUUACUCAGGUAUAUUUGUUGGCAUAAUCGUGGCCUUGUCGUUCUCUGGAGUACUGUGUGAGAUACAGUUGGAUGGAGGAUGGCCAUUUAUCUUCUACGUUUACGGUGCGACGUGUUUUCUGUGGCUUUGUUGCUGGCACAUCUUUGUGUUUGACUCUCCUGCACGACAUCCGCGAAUUAGCCAAUCAGAGAGGAGAUACAUAGAAAGGGCUAUUGGACAUCCUCCUGGAGAAAAGAGAGUUGCCGUCCCUUGGCUGCAGUUUGCCAGAUCUCCCGCCGUCUGGGCAAUAGUCGUGGCUCAUACUUGUAAUAACUGGGGCCACUACACACUCAUGACAUCACUGCCUCUUUUUAUGAAGGAAGUCUUGGCGUUUGACAUAAAACAAAAUGGCGUGUACUCUGCUCUGCCGUUUGCUGCCAUGGCCGGUGGUGUGGUGCUGUGUGGACAGCUAGCUGAUCAGCUGAGGCGGAGAGCCGUGCUGAGCACAACGUGGACCAGGAAACUGUUCCAGGCCGUUGGUGGAUUCCUGCCCGCAGCCUUCAUGGUCGCCACUGCUUUCAUAGACUGUGAUACCAGGAUGGCGGGGGUGGCAUUCCUAACACUUGCCAUGACCUUCUCGGCGGGGGCGCUAGCGGGCUACCAGAUCAACCACGCGGACAUCGCUCCCAGAUUCGCCGGUGAAAUAUUCGGCAUUACCAACACAGUGGCCACUAUUCCUGGUAUGAUCUCUCCCAGUGUGGUCAGCGCUCUUACGCCUAACGGCUCCAAAGAAGAGUGGCAAAGGGUUCUCUUUAUAAGUGGCGCCAUUUACUCUUUUGGUGCUUUGUUUUUCUUGAUAUUUGCGAGCGGCGAGGAACAGUCUUGGGAUAAAGUCGACAACAUGAGUUAUCAAGAAGAUCAAGAAGCCAAGGAAAGAUUCCAGAUUGACGAUCUUGCGCUGUCAACUUUGUGAGAGUGAUGGGAUAACGGCAGUAGACUGGGCUUAUCUUACUUAAUGAUUCUUCGAUACAUUCUGUCAGAAUCAAUUAAUGUCAAUUUUUCCCAAUGUCAAUUUUUCCAC